CACAUGUUGAUUGGGGCCGCUCUCACUCAGGAUCUUACUUCUCUUAAACGCCUCACACUGCCAAAGCGUCCGACUCGAGAAGAUGGAGAUGAUUCCCGUGCUGUUCAACGCUCUCGCACUGCUGUCGGUGUUGGGACGAACUGGGGCAAGAACAUCAUCGCCCAAAUCAACCCCUUCAGGCCCAGGCCCCUCCACCUCAGACCUGCGUGGUCAGAUGAUAACAGUGUCAUAUUCGUAUAGCAUAGGAUUCACCAUGUACACAGACGCAAUCUUUCCCUCUCCUUCCCCCACCAUCUACCCUUCUCCUUCUACCUCUCCUUCCUCCUCCCCAUCCUCCUCCUCUGCCUACUCUCCCUACCCCUCUCCUCCCUCCUCCUCUCCCUCCCCCACCACCUCUCCUUCCUCCUCCUCUGCCUAUUCCUCUCCCUACACCUCUCCUUCCACCUCUCCUUACUCCUCCUCUCCCUCUUCCACCUCUCCUUCUCCCUCCCCCACCACCUACCCCUCUCCUUCUCCCUCCCCCUCUCCCUCUCCCUCCCCCACCACCUACCCCUCUCCUUCUCCUUCCUCCUCUCCCUCACCCUCCCCCACCACCUACCCCUCUCCUUCUCCCUCCUCCUCUCCCUCACCCUCCCCCACCACCUACCCCUCUCCUUCUCCCUCCUCCUCUCCCUCGCCCUCCCCCACCACCUACCCCUCUCCUUCUCCCUCCUCCUCUCCCUCGCCCUCCCCCCCCCCCUACCCCUCUCCUUCUCCCUCCUCCUCUCCCUCGCCCUCCCCCACCACCUACCCCUCUCAUUCUCCUUCUCCCUCCUCUCCCUACUCUUUUCCUUCCACCUCUCCUUCUCCCUCCUCUCCCUACUUUUCUCCCUCCUCCACCCCCUACCCCUCUCAUUCUUCUUCCACCUCUCCUUCUCCGUCCUCUCCCUACACCACCCCCUCUCCCUCUCUCUCUGCUCUGACUGUGUGUCUGCGUUACAUGGCUGAGGAGGGAAAAGACUUGACUCUCUUCAGCCUCACUCAGGGGAACUACUGGAACCUGUUACUGAAAAGAAACAGUGGGAUGGACUACCUCUCCAUCCAUUCCUCCUCUCAGUCCUUCCGCUCCUAUAGGCUGAUGUGGUCCAUCGCAGGGCCACGCCCCUGGACCAGCCUGUGCGUUACCUGGGAGAAAAACACGGGUGUGGCCCAGGUGUGGAGAGGCGGGACUGUCAGCGUCAGGAAGAGGGUGUUUGGCCAGGUGACCAAUGGGCCUCCUAUCUUGAAAGUGUAUAAGUUUGAGGGUCAGGUAACUGACGUGGAAGUGUGGGACAGAGUCCUCUCCCCAAGCUGGAUAAUGUCCUACAUGUCUGGGUGGACGACCUACUGGUCCUACACCCCUGGUAAUGUGCUGACCUGGUCCAAGGCCAUCUACUCCACCAAUGGUGAGGUUCUCCUGGAGAGAAACACCUACAACUCUGACCAUCAGCCUAUCAGAGGCCAGCGCCAGCUCCCAAGACCAAUGAGAAGGAAGAAAAUGAGGAAAUUUGAAUGGAAGAAGAGAGCGAGGGCAGAGCAGAUAGCGAGAACACGGCCGUAGGGGAGAGUAGUGAUUGCCACUAACACUUACUUUAGAUUAGAAGAUGUACAGUAUGUCCCAUCUUCAUGUAUGACCCAGCGAUGCUCCUUACUUGUGAUUCACUCUGGAUGAAUGUCUGCUCAAAUUCUGACUCUCUGAUUUCCCAUGUCUGCCCUGAUGGUCCCCAGGGUCAAAUGAAGUCCUACUCUGGCUGAUGAUCAGGUCGUUUGCCCCUUGCGUCUUCCAUGUCUGUCAGCUAAGUAUCUCCGCUAGCCAAGUGUGGACGUGAGCUCACCUAGCUAGCUAUGAUAGUGCUAACCGUUAGAGCUGUAGCAGCACCUCCUCCCUGACGGAAAACACAUCACAACUUUAUGCUCAGCACAUAACCUGCCGGGGAAAUCUGACCCAACAGGGAAAAUGAAAACCAAUGAAUACAGCAGUUCUCAGGCAGGCUAGAAGCACAAUAUUGUUACUGUUGCAUCACAUUGGAUGUAACUUAAGUUACAAAACUGCAGCUUUAAAUGAUUGUUAAAGGAUUUCGUUUAUUGUUAAAUCAUUUGAAUGAUUGCAAGAUGAUUUAAAAGAUUGUUCAAAUGAAGCAUGUGGCAAAUUAAAAGUCAUUGGUGAGAAA